GAAUGGUGUGGUGGUUUGGGAGAAGACUGUUCCGGGCCUCUCUCUCACAUUGCCUCUGAGACUGCGUAUUUGUUAUUGCUGUCAUGACUCAGCCUGUUAGCCAGUAAAGAGCAAGCAGCUGGAAAGUGGAGCAGCACAGCCUCGCCUAUUAGCUACAUGUCUGAUCCUGAGAGAACACAGAGGAAACACAUUGGGAUUGGGACUAACUUUUCAUAAGGUGGGACGGGUAUAGUGUUUCUUUUCCUGCAUGUGUGUAUGAAUGCUUUUUAGUGAAAUUAUAUUUGUGUGAGUCUGCUAAUACCUGAGUGAUAACCUACUGGGGACACACUGGUUGGAUCAACAGUGUUUCCACAUCAUUUCAAUGGAAUUACGUUGAACCAACAUGGAAUAGAUGUUGAAUUGACGUCUGUGCCCAGUGGGAACUAUAACACUUACUUAGCUUCGAUGUGACAACGUCAAAACAAAACGAUUGGUUGCAUCGAAGCUAACACUUACUGUGUUAUUGACGUAGUAGGUGAGUUUUGAUUUUUGGAGGUCAUUGAUAUGAUAUACUGCACUAAGUUGAGUGUCAUGUUGCGUUGCAGGUUCACGUUAAACUACGGUAAACCGAGACCCACGGUGAACAAGGACGUAGGAUCAGGAAGUGGAAGCACUGUUUUCAAGUUUCCUCAAGAUGUGAACUAGUUGGAACAGGUGAGUCAUGCAUUCAAGCUUUCUUCUGAAGAAAUUACUUUGAUUCAUUUGGUUGUGAAUACAAGUAAACAAUGAAAUGAUAGACAGUUAUUGACUCAUUGAUUGAAUUCUUUCCUUUGAGAGUGUUGAAAGCCUACUAGGAGGAUGUGGCAGUGUUGGAUCAGCUCAGGGGUCCUCAGGAGGAGAUGGCGAGGUACACUCAAUGAUGUACUCCCCAAAUCUAACAUCUCUAUCUUACAUAGAAGUAAGAAAAACUGUGUCUGUGUAGCAUAACAGUAUUGUUAUGUCUGUAUAACAGUUGUAAUGAAUGAGUGAGGGAGGGAGGGAAUAUUUACAGCAUACCGUAUGUAUUAUGUAUUCCUUAUAACCACUGAGAAUGAUGUGGUGACUGUGUUUUGUCUUUAGACGUGAACCUCAGCCCACUUACAAGCAGAGUCAUCACUUAUAGGAACAUGGGUUCAUGUCACAGGUUAGUCAACAUUCUCUUCCACAGACGUUCACAUUUGACAGAAACACCAAACCAUCUACUCAUCACCCAGACAUUGACAUUUUACAGUUCCACUCCUACAUACAGUGUAGACAGACAACACAUAGGGGCGGUUCCCGGACACAGAUUAAGCCUACCUAAUCCCCAUAUUGUUAUUUAUUUUGCUAAUUUGCACCCCAGUAUCUCUAUUUGCACAUCAUCUUUUGCACAUAUAUCCUUCCAGUGUUAUAUGAAAUUGUAACUAUUCUGCACUAUGGCCUAUUUAUUGCCUUACCUCCAUAACUUACAACAUUCGCACACACUGUAUAUAUAUUUUCUGUUGUGUUUUUGACUUUAUGUUUUGUUUACCCCAUAUGUAACUCUGUGUUGUUGUUUUUAUCGCACUGCUUUGCUUUAUCUUGGCCAGGUCGCAGUUGUAAAUGAGAACUUUUUCUCAACUGGCUUACCUGGUUAAAUAAAGGUGAAAUAAAUAAAAAUAAAUAAAAUAAGCCUAAUACUGGACUAAAAAGCAUUUUUUAAAAUGCCGAUUCUCGAUUGAGUUUGCUUUUUAGUCUAGGACUAGACUUAAUCUGUGUCCAGGAAACCAACCCAUAAAGUGCUAGUCUUAGUGCUAGAUCAGUAUUUUGUGUGUCCUGGAGACAUGCUACUUGUUAUGACACAUAAGUAGAGAAAUAAUCACUGUUGAGUGAGCCUCUCUUUGUCCACCCCCCACAGACAGCUGAGGCUUCCAGGAGGACUAUGGAGGACGUUUAAAUAUUCCUCCUUCUAUUCAGCCAGUGGAUUUCAUUCAAGGUUUUUUUGCUCCAGUGGGCCUGAAAUAGGUAAUUCUAGUCCACAAUCAAACAGGUAAACAGAGCUUGUACGUAUGUCCAAUCACUUAAAGUCUGGUCCUCGUAAUUCACACCAUCUGUUGUGUAGGUCCCUGCUACAGUAUGUAUUAGGAAGCCUCCUUCCUAAGUGAAUGGGAAAGAUUGGCACCAUCUAAUUGCAUAAGCCUCUUCUCUCUUAUGAUGCCCCUUUCUCUGCAUGUUUCACCCACAUCACAUACCAGGCAUUAUUUCAGGGUAGCUAUAAGGGAAAUAAGUAUGCAAUAAACAGACAGGUACUAAAAAGCAACAAAAAGUAAGAGCAUCGUGGUAAGUGUUCCAGAACUGCAUGUACUGUACUGUACUUACUGGUCUGUUAUAGUGUAGUUACAUAGAUUCUAAGAUAGUUCAUCCUAAUGUAGGUAAAGUAAUGUGAGGCCUUACGAAUCCUGCAACGAUAGAGAUUUUGGCUUAUGUAUUUCAGUCGGUGCUCUUGAUAAUUCAAGAGAAUGUUUUCGUUCAUUGCUGUGUUUAAAUACUGGUCCUUUCCUUCACAGAUCCCAUUGAGAUCCACAAGAAGAAGUUGAACUUAUGGUUCAGCCACCUACCUCAGGAAGAGAAGCAGUUCGGGGACUACUUCACCCCCGAGACCAUGCACGUGGAGCCACUCAUCCUGGAGAGGAAGCCAGAGGAGAGGAAAGGGCCCUUAAUCACCCCCCUCCUCAAGGCAUCCCAGGCCCCCCAGAGUGCCUCGGUCACCGUGGAGCAACUCUUUGAGCCCACUCAUCAAGGAGGCAGGGAGCAGGGCCUUAACGUGCUGCUGUACGGGGCAGUCGGGACAGGGAAGAGCACGGUGGUGCGGAAGCUGGUUCUAGACUGGUGUGCCGGGCUCACUUUGACCCAGUUCAAACUACUGGUGCCCUUCUCCUGCGAGGACCUCUCCCAGUUAUCCAAGUCCACAUCUCUGAGAGACCUGGUCAGCAGGAAAUACCUGCACCUGAAGAAGAUCCCCAUGCUGAGUGGAGAGAGCGACCAGGCCAAGGACGUGCUGUUUCUGUUUAACGGCAUGGAGAAGAUGAAACUGGACUUCCGUAUUGGCUCCACGGAGCUGUGCAGCGACCCCAACGAGGCCGUCCCCUCCGGGGCAGUGGUGGUGAACCUGCUCAGGAAGUACAUGCUGCCUGAGGUAAGGGCCCACAACCUGCAUUUAGUCAGUUACAUACAGUAGAAUGUGAUGUGUGCUAAGGAAGUGCUGUUUGAGCAAAUCAGAUGCUACCAUAAAAUCAAUCAGAAAAAUACAGUAUGUUACCAUUCAAGGCUAUCAACUUCAUCACGUUCAGUAUGUCUAUUUCCAACCCCAGUAAGUUGUGAUGAAAAAUGUUUAGUAAUGUAUAUGUAUUGAUAAUUUAACUCAAUUUUUUUAGGCCAGUAUUUUGGUCACCACAAGGUUGUCUGCCCUUGACCACAUCCCUACAAAGUAUGUGAAACGCUACGCACAGAUAUAUGGCUUCAAUGACCCAGAUCGCCAGCGAGCAUACUUCACAAGCCGACUGCUGCAACAGAUUGGAGAGAAGCCGAGAAACCAGGAAGCUCACGCCCUCAUCGAGCUGCUUUACCUCAACCUACAGAGGGAGAGCCAGUUGGCGGCCGCCUGCUUUUUACCUUCCUAUUGCUGGCUGACUUGUGCCAUCCUCCACUUUUUACAUUUCACCGACGCCCAGGCACCCAUACGUACGCUAACUGGUAUCUAUACCAGCUUCCUGAGACUCAACUUUGGAGGGGAGGUGCUGGAAACGGGUGGGGGUGUAUCUUCUCUAGAGCACCAGAACUCGUUGAUGCUCUAUGUAGUCCGCACUGUGGGCAAACUGGCCUUUGACGGAGUCACCAAAAAGCGCACUUCCUUCUCCGAGGAGGAACUGGAACAGUUUGUGGGUGGUAAGACCAAAACAGAUGAGGAACUGCGUCAGCUGGCCGUGUUCCGCACUGAUGUUCUCGACUUCUUCCUGGUGCCCUGCAUCGAGACCAAAGGGUCAGAGCUUAAUGAAAAGGAGAAGCGCUACGUGUUUGCCAUUCCCGCCAUGCAAGAGUACCUGGCUGCCCUGUACGUUGUCCUCGGCGAGAACAAGACAGCUCUGGAGAAGCUGAGCAAAGAGGUGACCGUGGCCAUCGGCCAAGUGAGCGAAGAUGUCAACACCCUCAUCAGCAUCAUCUCCAAGUUCAUCCCCCUCAGGGUAUUCGCUGUUUUCAACCUGCUCAAGCUCUUUCCCAGCCUGUUUGAGAAGAUCAGCAGCCGCAGCAAGGGCCGCAUUGCCCGCACAAUGGCGGCAGAGAUGUUCCGCAGCGAGGACAGCUUCAACGAGGAUGUGCUGGACCAAGUGGAGCAGAGCCUACUAGGAGUUCACGGCCCCCAGCCCCAGGAGCGCCUGGACAGCCGGGCCUUCGAGCUCUACCCCAUCUUCAUGGGCGGCCUGCUUCACUACGGGAACCGGGUUCUGCUGGAGCAGCUGGGCUGCAGCAUCAAGAGCACCACAGUGGCUCAGAUCACAAGAACCCUCAAGAAGCACCUGGCGGCGGAGAUCGUGAAGUGGCAGCCCCCUGAGGAGCUCAUGGACCUGCUGGUGCUCCUGUACGAGUUCCAGAAUCCCCGGCUCACGGCAGAGGUCCUGCUCUCCAUCCGCAGCAUCAAGCUGUCCAACGUGCGCAUGACACCCCUCAAAUGCUUCAUCCUGAGCUCUGUGCUGGCCUGCGUACCCUCGAGGUACCACCUGGAGGAGCUGGACCUUUCUUCCUGUCACCUGACCAACGACCUGCUGACCAUGCUGUGGCCCGCUUUCCGCCACACGCACAACCUCAAGUGAGAGAAGGCUUGAUUUGUGGGCCUUUAGUCAACUUUUAUUUUUUGUUAAGAGCUAGAUAAAUAGUUUUAUUUUUAUUUAAACUAAAUUCUCACCAACUCACAAGAUUGACCUCUUGUAUCUGUCCAUGGUAACAGUCACUACUUACCACAGUAAAAAGGUGAUAUUACUAGUGUAUUUCUACCUACUACGUUACAUAUACCCUCUGUUCACCUCAUUGAGUUAUGUUAUCAUUUUCAGAAUACAGGUGGUAAAUCUAAGGUGACCCAAAGCCUUAUCAAUAACACUCCAAAUCCUCUAUUUACUGAGAGGUGUCCAAACAUGCAGCAAUAUUUGCCUUUUUAGCUUGUAUUGCUAAUUAAUGUUUGACUGAGGCCUUAAAAUCAUUAACUGCCAAGUGACAUAUCAGGUCCUAACUUGAUCCAUCCAGUAACAUUCAUGGAUUCAUUCAUGGUAGGUUUGACAUUAUAGCCUAAAUGUGUUUGACUUGCUGCAUAAAAAGUGUACUCCCUAUGGGCAUUGACAACAUGGUAUUCUGAUGCUAUUAAAGGAAGGAGCAUUGGGAGUAAAGGGAGACUUUAUUGCCCAUAAUAUAACCUUUGAUAUCUAUAUUAGUGUUAUCAGGUUAUUCAGCCUGGCCUGCUUUUUGGUUGUGGUUGUAAAAAAAAAAAAAAAAUCAUGGUGUUACUUCAUGAAGAACUGCAACAAGGAGUGUUAUCUGUGUUCAAUCUGUGUUUUUUGUAUUUAAUAGUUGUUCUAUGGACAGUACGUGAGGUUCGUGGUUUGCAGGCUAACGCAUGUGUGUGGGGGUGUGUUUGUGAUAGCUGUGUAUGCUUUUUUCUCUCCGUUGUCUUCAGUCUCCAGUUUAAUAGCCUGGGUCCUGAGUCCUGCAUUCUCCUGAGAGAUCUACUACUUGACCCCAACUGUACUAUUAGAUCUCUACAGUAAGACACUGACUCUUUACCAGGCUAAUGGCCUUAUUUCCUUUUCUAUGGCUCAACAGGUAGGUAUUGGUGGUAAUAAUAACUAAUCAAUGGAAUUUACAACUUUCCUUAAGUAUGAUUACUAAUGCUUUAUUUUUAAAUAUUGCCUUAUUUAUUAAUUUGCUUUGGUCAGAAAGGGACAAUUUCUCUCAUUUGAGAACUUGCUCACUUUACACUUCAAAUAAGAUGUUUACUGUAUGUAGAACACCCACAUUGUCCAAAUGAUAGUUGGUCUAAUGUCUAACUAACAGAUGACAUGCUGCUUCAACCAGCCUCCACUUGUCCAGUUUGAAUGCUGAUACAGUGUCCUGUGACUGUCCCUCUGUAGCCUGUGCGAUAACCCCCUGUUAGAGUCCGGGGCUCGCUGUCUGCUGGACGCCCUGCUAGGGAACCAGUCUCUCAGGCAGCUGUCCCUGAUGCACACAGGCAUGGGCGACACGGGGGCCUGCGAGCUGGCCAAGAGGCUCAACCAGCACACGGGCCUGCAGGAGCUCAACGUGGCCUACAACAACAUCGGGGACAAUGCUGCUCUGACCCUGGUGGAUGCCUGCAGAGAGCACCCCAGCAUCCACACUGUGCAGUAAGCUAAGCAGCACCGUUCCCACAUGUCCUGGAAUUACAGUAUAUGGGGUUAGGCGGGGCAAUAAAUUAUUCUGUGGAGGCCAGAUUUAGCCUGCGGGCCAACAGUUGCAGACCCCUAUAUACACAAAGAAAAUUUAUUGCAUGACUCGACCACUAUGGUUUCUUUAGUAAUUUUAUUUGGGCAAUUUUCUUUACAUCGUGCACUUAUUAUGCAUCAUCUUUAUAUGAAGUGGCAUUUGAAUGUGUCUAUAUGUAGGUUAUGUGUAUACAUUUAUUCCAUUGUGUUCCACAGCUUGUACCUGAAUCCUCUCAGCAACGUGGGGAAGCAGUCCCUGUACGUUCGAGGAGUACCGCUGAACCAGGGUGGCACGGGGCGGCGCGUGAAGGUACUAGCCUCGGUCACCGAGGGCUCGGACAUCUCGGAGGACUGGCACCCCAUCCUGAGCAUCAUCAGUAAGAACGCCUCGUCCUGGGAGCGGGAACGCGUCAGGGAACAGCUGCAGAUCUUCCUCCGAGACCUGGAGUGGGGUAGGAAGCAGGCGCCAAGCUUCUGGAAAAAGAUGCACUUCCGCAGGGUGGAGAACGGCGUCAGGCAGACGCUGCAGAUGCUGCAGAAGGACCCGACGAGGACCGGUGGGAGUGCCAAGUAAUGGACAAGCAAUGUCUGUGUUUAAAAAAAAUGAGCCAUGAUGUUCAUGUAUGUUCAGUAUGUCUUUUAAUCUGGAGGUGUUUGGUCCAGUAUUUACAAAGUCUUCCAGUCUUUCAACCAUAGGAUAAGCCCAUGUAUCCAUCGCCUUGAAGAAAUGUAGCAAGUGAGAAGUGGGACAGCCAAAUCUAUGCAAAAUUAAUUGAAUAAAAUAUAUUCAUGGUGUGAAACUGAAAGUGUCCUUUUCAAGACUACAUAGGAAGGUGUUGCCAUUAUGCAGAAUUAUGCACAUAGCCAUAUUUGUUUUGGGCCUCCUUGUGUACUCUGUAUGUAAAAUGUGUAGUAUCUUACAUUUUAGUCAUUUAGCAG